GUCAGGUUGAACGCGGAAGAAAAACAAAACGGUGCUCUCUGACGAGGGAGUUAGAACAGUCGAGGUAUUCGGACAGGCGGGUUGCGUUUGUAAACAAGGAGGAAGAUAUCUCAGCAAGACUUUGUGCCUGUGACUGAUGCAUUUUGAAAAUACAAGAUCACCUUUGUGAUUGUCUAAUGAAGAUCAGAGGAAGUGCCAAUCAUGUCCUUUGGUAGUGCACUGAAAAUUGCCAUUUUGGCUCUGGUUGUCUUAAAUGUGACAUGUGAUGUCGAGCCAGCCAAUCACAAUGUUUCCCACGACAACAACACAAGUGAUAAUGAACAUACUGACGGCCAUGAAAAGCAUCAUGGUAUUGAAGUGGCAAGUCUGCACUUUCAUAGUGUCCGAGCACCGCUACUCUUCACCAUCGUCAUUCUGUUGGCGGGACUCAGCAAAGUGGGGUUCCAUUAUGCUGACUUCUUAUCAUCAAAGCUGCCUGAGUCUUGCCUGCUCAUCCUGAUUGGAACUGUUAUGGGCGCCAUCCUCACGUUAUCUGGUGCAGUAAAGUAUAUCCCAGCAUUCUUCUCUCCACACACAUUCUUCCAGUACCUCCUUCCCCCAAUCAUCUUGGAAGCAUCCUUCAGCCUCCAUGACAGGACGUUUGCUGACAACAUCGGAUCUGUCCUUCUCUUCGCUGUCGUGGGUACCAUAAUUGCAUGCUUUACUUUAGGUUUAACCCUCUAUGGGUUGGCCAUCAGCGGAGGGAUGGGAGUGCUUCCAUUUGAGUUCACGUUGGUGCAAGUGUUGAUCUUUACAGCUCUCAUCGUGGCUGUGGACCCAGUUGCAGUUCUGGCAGUGUUCCAGGAGGUGGGUGUCAACGACUGUCUCUACUUCCUGGUGUUCGGCGAGUCACUUCUCAACGAUGGUGUGACGGUUGUACUGUACCAGGUGUUUCAGACCUACAACGAUCUACCAACGAUCGGAGCUGACCAGAUUGUACUCGGUAUUGUCAAGUUCUUUGUGGUGUGUUUUGGCGGCCUGUUUCUGGGGGUGUUGGCAGGUGUCAUGACUGCUGUCAUCACCAAGUUCACCGUACACGUUAAAGUUGUGCAGCCUCUGGUGAUCUACAGCAUGGCAUACCUCGGCUUCCUCCUGGCAGAGCUGUUCGAGUUCUCCGGUAUCAUUAGCAUCAUCGGCUGUGGCCUUGUCCAGGUCCAGUACGCCUUCCACAACAUCAGCGACAAGUCCAAGACCACCGUCAAAUACUUCACCAAGGUCAUCAGCACCACCAUGGAGAUUGUGAUCUUCCUGUUCCUGGGCCUGGCCUUGAUAAGAGAACACUACUGGCACACAGGCUUCGUGCUGUGGACCAUCCUCUUCUGCUUCGUCUACAGGUUCAUCAUCACCUUCUUCUUGUCUUUCCUGAUCAACAAGCUGGACAAGUUCCGAGUGAGGAAGAUUGGCUAUGACGAGCAGUUCAUGAUAGCCUAUGGAGGACUGCGGGGGGCCGUGUGCUUCUCCCUGGUGAUGCUGCUGGAUGAAGCCUCUCUGCCUCCCAACAUGAAGAAUAUGUUCGUCACAACCACGCUUAUUGUCAUCAUGUUUACUGUGUUUGUUCAGGGUAUCACCAUGAAGCCUCUGGUGGAAGUGUUCAAGGUCAAGCUUGCCCCGGAGAAGCAGCUCAGCAUGUACCGGGAGCUCAGCAACCAUAUCAUUGAUCACCUGAUGGCAGGGAUGGAAGAUAUCAUUGGAUUUAAUGGAAAAUACUCUUUCAAGGAAAAGCUAGAAAAUUUCGAUAGUCGUUACAUCCGGCCAUGUCUGCAGAUUGAGCCCCAGAGGAGUGAUUCUGAGCUGAAGGCUUUCUACAACAAGAUUGUCUUAAAAGAACAUUUCAAGUACUUGAGGAUGUGUGGUGUCAAGUCUAUGCCAGGGGAGGCAAAUAUCCCUCACAUUGACACCAGCAUGUACCUGCCAGGUAUUGGACAGAAGCCUGUCAUUGGGGAAGAGGAUGACGACGCCAACCAGAUGCCUGUAGAAAUAGAGCCAGAGCCUGCAGUGCGAAGAAGACAUAAAUCCAAAGACCAAGAUGUUGAUGCGAAGAGUCUCCGUCACCUCCUACUGUCUCAUCAUACCAGCAGGAUGAUGCUCCACAGCAACUACGACAAGAACCUGACAGAAGAGUAUCGGUCAAGCAUGGCCAAUCAGAUUCAGAAAAAGACGGCAAGAAACCGACGCCUUCAACGACUGAAGUCAUCGACAUCACCAUCAUCCCCAUCGUCCCCGGUGUCAGACAGACCGGCGUCCUGGUCCGACUUCAAGGCUCAGGCCUGUGAAGAACGAAAGGAGAAAGACGAUCAUGCCCAUCCCAGGGCUGUAACCAUUGACCUCGGUAAUACAGCACGCAUGGGGAUGGUGGAGCCUGAUCUACCCAGAGAGGAACCUAGUCUCGAUGCUGUGUUUGAAGAGGAGGAAACUGACCAUGCUGGUAAGGAAACUGAGACGAAGCCAUUGUUACGACGAGAACACACCGUGGGCGGAAUUGGUCCCAAGUCCGCACCACCCAGACCUGCUCCAGGCAUGGAGAGGCAGCUGGCUAUGGAUGAAAUUCCUUUGAAAGAAUUAAAUUCAAAAGACGAUCCCAUGGUUUAAGGACAUAUAUUUGAUGAACUGUCUUGUGACCAUAAUACAACAAAUAAAACGCCUUUGAAUGAAUUAGAUGUUUAAGAUAGUGCUAUAUGUUUGCAUAUUAUUAUUUUUUUAUUGACCAUAAUCAAAGCUAGGUGUGGAUGAAAUGCCUUUGACAGAGUUUGGAUCAAAUAUUAUUCCACAUUUUCGGGGAAAAAUUGUUAUUAAUCAUGUAGAAGAUUUUGAAAAUUUGGUUUGCAUUUAAACAAAAUCAAAUAACAGAUACAAAAAGAAAAAUUUGAACAUUGGUGAAAUAUUUUGAAAGGAACAGGUGUUUUGUAAUGUUUAAAGGUUUUAGUUGCAGCUGAUUUCAUAAAAAGUUGUUGACUGACAUCAUUGUAGAUUCGUUAGGUUCAUAAACUUAAUCAUUUAGUAUUAAAGGUGAAAUUCUUUGUAUGGUGUUUAUUGAUUGGAACACAUAAGUGCAAUCUCAUUAAAAUCAGAUCUUAGUUCUCGCCACUGCUAAACAAAGAUCCGAGGACAUCCCAUUAGAGGUCACGUCAAAACGACAUUUCAUCCGACCAAUCAGAGCGUCGCUUACCAG